AUGGGAUCAGUUGAAAGUUCAAAUCAAAUGAAUGGAUCCAUUGAAAAUAAAACAAAUAAGAUUGAUAUUAGUGUAUUGAGACCAUUACCAACUAGAAGCAAUAGCUCAAUAUCAUUAAGUUCCUCUUCUCAUAGUUCAUUCAGUAGAAUGGGAUCACUAGGUUCAUUACCAACAAAUUCUGGUUCUUCUUCACCCUAUUACAAUAAUAGUUCAUUUGAUCUUGUUGAUGAAGAAAGAAUUAAAUCUUCAAUUUAUAAUUUAAAAAAUCAUAUUAAAUGUAUUCAUAAAAUUAAAGAAGAAUUUAGAUUAUUGGAAGAAUCUGUUGGACCAAGUGAAACCAGUGAAGGUGAUAAAAAACAUAACACAUCAAAGAAUAGAUAUACUAAUAUUUUACCAGUUAAUCAUACAAGAGUACAAUUAAAAAAGAUUCAAGAUAAAGAAGGUUCAGAUUAUAUUAAUGCUAAUUAUAUUGAUGGAGCAUACCCAAAACAAUUUAUUUGUACACAAGGACCAUUACCAAAUACAAUUGCUGAUUUUUGGAGAAUGGUAUGGGAAAAUCGAUGUCGUAUUAUUGUUAUGCUUUCAAGAGAGUCUGAAAACUGUAGAAUAAAAUGUGAUAGAUAUUGGCCAGAACAAAUUGGAGGUGAACAAUUUUCAAUAUAUGGUAAUGGUAAUGAAGUAUUUGGCACAUACAGUGUCGAAUUGGUUGAGGUUAUCCAAGAUCCAGAGAGAGAGAUAAUCACAAGAAACAUUAGACUUACAUUUGAGGGUGAGACAAGAGAUAUCACUCAAUAUCAAUAUGAAGGUUGGCCAGAUCAUAACAUCCCAGAUCACACUCAACCAUUCCGUCAGUUGUUACAUAGUAUCACAAAUCGUCAAAAUCAAAUCAUACCAUCAUCAGAUAGAAAUGUUCCAAUCAUCGUUCAUUGUAGUGCAGGAGUUGGUAGAACCGGCACCUUUUGUACAGCCGUCAUUAUGAUGAAAAAGUUGGACCAUUACUUUAAACAAUUGGAUGCUACUCCAAUUGAUCAAGUCGUUGAUCCUUUCACUCAUUUACCAAUCACUGAAUAUCAAAGUGAUAAUUUAGAUUUAAAAGGACUUGGUUAUCAUUUUAAAUCUUCAAUUUAUAAUAGUAAUGGUAUAAAUAAUAAUAAUAAUAAUAAUUUAAAUAAUAAUAAUAAUAUUAAUAAUAAUUCAAAUGGUUCAAAUAAUACGCCACAAACUGAACCAAAUAAUGAGGAAGAUGAUGAUGACGCAGCAGAAUCUGACUUAAAAUAUGCAAUAAUGGAUAAAUAUAAUAGUAGAAUCGAUUUUAAUUUAUUUUCAAUAGUUUUGAAACUUAGAGAGCAACGUCCUGGAAUGGUUCAACAAUUAGAACAAUAUCUAUUUUGUUAUAAAACAAUUUUAGACGAAAUUUAUCAUAGAUUAAAUUGUAAAUUAGGUUUUUCUUUACCACAUGUUAAUAAUAUCAAUAAUUAUAAUAAUUAUAGUAAUACUACUACCACCACUACUUCUUCUUUAGCCUCAACUACAAUAAUUCAUCCAUCUACAAAUAGUAAAUUAAAUUAA